AUGGGGGAAAAGCUGAAAACUAAAUCAAACCGCCCCGAGCGUUCGGGGGUGGCGAGCGAGCGAGCGACCACGUGUGUGCGUGUCAGGGUUAGAAAUCGCUGCUCCGCCGGGCGCGCUGGAGGAGAGGGGGGAAAGGGAGAGAGAAAAUCAGCCGCAGCCGCGUUUUCCAAAAAGCCGGAGCGAGCGUUCCUGCUCGCCGUCGCUUCCAAGAAACGGAGGGAACCGGGGAGGAAAAUUGCGGUGAUUCAUCGCGGGCAGAUCGGAGGCAGGAAAUGGGAGUUCGCUGCCUGCCCCGUGCCCGGCGUGGGCUCCGUGGGCUCGGGCUCGCCGGGGCCUGGCUGGUGGCGGGGGCCUGACGCCAACGGGUCGAGCAUCCCUGCGCCACGGCGGGAGCUGCCGGAGGAGCCACCGGCAAAGGGAAAACAACCAGCGGAGGCCGGGACCCGCAGCACCGGGAAUUUUUCACCUGCGUUUCUCCGGAGCCAUCCAAGCGAGAGCUGCCCGCGGCUGCGGCUCCGUGACACGAGUUGCGCCGGUCUCAGCCCGGCCGAGGGCUGCGAAGCACAAACCCCCUUGGGGUGUCCGGAGAGAGGCCGGGCGCAUCCCUUGGUGGGUGCUCUGGCCGAAAAAGCACCCCUAAACCUGCUGCCCCCAUCGCUGGUGUUUUGGGGAUCACCCCUGAAGGACAGCCACGGGGGUCUCGGAAUGCAGGGACAGAUCCUCACGUUGGGAUUGUGGUCAGGACUUCGGGACCCUUUUGUUUGGGCCGGGACGGUGACCAGGGACCACAUCCAGGCUCCCACCGACUGCUCCAGCACCACCGCCCCCAGGGGGCUCCGGAUAAUUCACAUGUGGCACCGGAGCUGCUUAACCCCAUCCUGA